GCAACAAAAUAUAAUUCACACAAGUAAUAACUUACAUAAGAAGAAUAGUUAAAGAGUAUUAGCGAAUUUCAAAAUGAAGGUUCUCUGCUUCCUAGUUAGUAUCUUGGCUUUGGCAUCAUCUGUUGCCUUUGCAUAUGACCCCAGCCCUCUCCAAGACUUUUGUGUUGCAAUCCAAGACCCUAAAGAUGGUGUAUUUGUUAACGGAAAAUUCUGUAAAGAUCCUGCUCUUGUUAAGGCUGAAGAUUUCUUCAAACAUAUUGAACCUGCGAAUGCAUCGAACCCUUUGGGCUCUCAAGUAACUCCAGUCGCUGUAGACCAAUUGUUUGGACUUAACACACUCGGCAUAUCUUUGGCUCGCAUUGAUUUUGCACCUAAGGGUUUAAACCCACCACACACUCACCCUCGAGGCACAGAGAUCCUUAUAGUCCUCGAAGGAACUCUUUAUGUUGGAUUUGUCACGUCCAAUCAAGACAAGAAUCGCCUUUUCACCAAAGUUCUCAAUAAGGGUGAUGUUUUUGUGUUCCCAAUUGGUCUAAUUCAUUUUCAACUAAAUGUGGGAUAUGGCAACGCUGUUGCAAUUGCUGCACUUAGCAGUCAAAAUCCAGGAACUAUCACUAUUGCAAAUGCUUUGUUUAAAUCUAAUCCAGCCAUUUCUGACGAGGUUCUUGCCAAAGCUUUUCAGGUGGAUAAAAGCAUAAUUGAUUAUCUUCAAGGCCAAUCUUGGUAUGACAACAACUAGUAUUUGUAGUAUUUGUUUAGUAAUUUGGUUCUUGCCAAUACUUAUUUGUAUUGUGAUAAAUAAAAUUCAUGUUACUUUAUUUGAAUACAUAUAUAGUUGUUUGUGUUUAAUUUGGUUCAAUAAGAGAUUGUUUGUUGUAAUUUUA